AUGGAAGCGUUGGCGGUUAAAUCAGCUUUGAGGAUAACAUUAUCCUACGGCGCCGGAUUCGGAUUCAUAUUAAUGGCGAGACUUUUGAUAAAACUCACGAGACCCGACAUUGUCGCGGAUGGAGGAAGGCCCGCUUUUAAACACAGCACGGAAUUGUUGGACGAAUAUGAUUUUAUUGUGAUAGGAGGUGGGAGUGCGGGUGCCGUCGUCGCAUCCAGACUAUCGGAGAAUCCCGCAUGGAACGUUUUGCUACUCGAAGCCGGACCCGACGAAACCAUUUUAAGCGACGUGCCCCUCUUCAUGGCGGCACUACAAAAAUCACCCAUCGAUUGGCAAUUUAAAACCGAACCUUCCGAUACUUAUUGUCUCGGAAUGAAAAAUCGACAGUGCAAGUGGCCGAGAGGAAAAGUAUUGGGUGGUAGCAGCACCAUCAACGCGAUGCUCUACGUGAGAGGUAACAGACGCGACUACGAUUUGUGGGGGAUGGAAAAUCCCGGUUGGGAUUUUGCAAACGUUUUACCAUAUUUCAUAAGAUCCGAAGACGUGAGAAUAGAUCGUUUGAAAUGGUCACCCUAUCACGGAUUCGGGGGAUAUCAAACCGUCGAAGAAUUUAAAUUUUCAUCUCCCAUCGUGACAAAGUUUUUAAAAGCCGGACGAGAAUUAGGGUACCCCAUACGAGACCUGAACGGAGAAUAUCAAACAGGUUUUAUGAAAUCGCAAGGAACUCUUCGCGACGGACUCCGUUGCAGCACCGCAAAAGCUUAUUUAAGGCCCUGCAGAAAAAGGAAAAACCUUCACAUAAGUCUCAAUUCGUACGUUCAAAAAAUAAACAUAAAUCCGUUCACGAGGAGAGCAGAAAGCGUCACGUUCAAAACUGAAUUUUUGGGUGUGAAAACGAUAAGAACGAAAAGAGAAAUCAUUUUGUCUGCUGGUGCCCUACAAUCUCCACAAUUGUUGAUGCUCUCCGGAGUAGGACCCAAAAAUCACCUUCAGGAUAUGAACGUUAGCGUCAUAUUGGACCUUCCCGGAGUCGGGGAAAACCUUCAAGAUCACGUCGCUUUGGGUGGCACCGCGUAUCUCAUCAACAAUCCCGAUCCUACGGGUCCGAGCCCGGGAUUCGUUUUGCCCAAAUCUCUGACCCUACCCGCCGUUCAAGAAUUCACGACCAACAAAAGCGGACCGUUGUACGGUUUGCCAGAAUGCGAAGCCAUGGCAUUCGUACACACCAAGUACUCGAAUCCGUCUGACGAUUGGCCAGACAUUCAAUUGUUUCUCGCUUCUUAUGCCGACAACACGGACGGAGGAGUUUUCGGUAAAAGGGACAGCGGUUUAACGGACGAAUAUUACGCGUCGUGUUACGAAAACAUUUUGUAUCGGGAUUCUUAUUCCGUAUUGCCCCUACUCAUGCGUCCCAAAAGCAGGGGUAAAAUCCGUUUGAAAAGUUCCGAUCCGAACGAUCCGCCUCUGAUAUAUCCAAAUUAUUUCGAUCAUCCGGACGAUAUCAAAGUUUUGGUCGAGGGAGCCAAAUUCGGGUACGCCAUGAGUCAAACGAUGACGAUGAAAUCGAUGAACGCCACACUUAAUCCGUAUUGUUCGCCCGAAUGUUUAAAAUAUGGAUUCCUGACUGACAAAUAUUGGGAAUGUCAGAUUCGCCAUUACACUAUGACAAUUUAUCAUCCCGUGGGUACUUGUAAAAUGGGUCCCGCCAAAGAUCACAUGUCUGUCGUUGACAAAAGGUUAAGAGUGCACGGGAUAUGGAAUUUAAGGGUCGCAGACGCUUCCAUAAUGCCGACGAUAACGACGGGUAACACGAAUGCUCCCGUCAUAAUGAUCGGUGAAAAAGUCAGCGAUUUGAUAAAGGAAGAUGCUUAUUACGAGGAUAGAUACUGGUUUGAAAACAGCGUACGUACACGAUGA